AUGCGGGGAGGUCACCCUGGCGCCGGAGCCGAAGAAGAAGAGGAGGAAGACGACGACGACGGGCGACGUGGAGCAGCCGGCAACACCCGGUUGCCUGAGGGCUGGCGGACAGCCCUCUCCGGGGAAGAGCAGGAGUGGAUCGGCCGGGCGCUGUUCCAGCAGACCAGCGGGGGGUCCCUCAAGCUCACCACGGACCUCAAGCUGUGGUGGGACCCCCCCCAGCCCCGGCUGAACUACACUCAGCCACCCGCCUCGGCGGCUACCUUCUUCGCGUGUCGGUUGUUCCUCUGGGCGCCCCUGCACAUGUGGGGUCCCCGGCCGACAUGCUGCCAGAAACAUCUCACCAAGUGUGGGAUGUACAAGACCAUCCGGAAGGUCUUGGACAUCGACGGCUGGUACUUGAUGGCCACCGAGUACCUGGAGUGCCGUCGGUGUUGGAGGAAGGUAGCCGACUUGUCGCAGGAGGUCGUGAGGCAGCUGGGAGAGGGGCAUCGCGCCCUCUUCCCGGCGAUCCUCACCUACAAGCUUGCCUGCGACCGGCGGGUCAUCAUCCAGCUGCGUGAGCGUACUCGGGGGGGAACAGCGCCACGCAGCUGCAAAAAAAACUCUGUGAGGCACACACAGAGGCCUGGAUGCGGCGGUCCAUACACUACCUCAGCGUCAUGGAGCCCUUCACGUCGACGGGUGUCGUGCGCCAGUGCACCCCACCGCCGAAACCAUCGCCAGACGUGCCGCAGUACGGCUGGCUGUUGGUGGUGUACUGCCACGACAUCCUGUCUCGCCUGGAGGACGUGAAGGCCCGGGUCACCUCAGUCUUUGGAUCCAUCCUGAAGAUGGAUUCGACCAAGAAGGUGACCCGGAAGCUCGCCGGUGCCGCCGCCCAUACCGCAGCCUGGGCGACCAACGUGGGCAACGAGCACGGGCAGGUGCUAAUGUCCGUGCUCACGGCCACCGAGGGGGGUGGCCUGUUGCCCAUGGCCGCGGGGUUAAUGCGGCGGUACCGGGACGCUGGGGUAGC